UGGAAAGAAAGGAAAAUUGGUGGUGAUCGAAGCCUGGGGCUGCAACGGGUCCGAAAACUCCGCGUCGAGAGUCUCCGGUUGACCGAGGAACGUCGGUUUGGCCGACGUAGUGACAUAUCGGUGGUGGUGGUGCAUGAGUGCGAGUGCGUAGGGUGGAGGUAGUGGCGGAGCAGAGGCGGUCGUCUCGAUGCUUGGUAGUUUUUAAAAUCACGAGGUCGCGGAGACACGGGCAAAAGGCAGGUUUCGGGUGUAAUCGGGAAAAGAAAGUCUCGGGGUGCCGGAGAGACGAGUCGAAGAGCCCGUAGGGUGGAGGAGCGCGCGAGAGUGCACUGCAGCGUUUCGGAAAGUCGAGGCAGAAGUCACCGGAGUCGCAAUGGCGCCGAACGCGGCUCCUUCGCCGAGGAGUAGCUCGGUUUCGAGCGGAUUCGAGGGCGGUUGGACGACCGCGAGGUUCACGUGAGCCCACCCCCAUGGUACGAACCGAGCCCGUCGUCUCGCCUCGUGAUCGAACCGAUUCCCGACACCGACUCCGACACCUCCUCGCGGUCCUUCUCUUUCCAUCGAGGCGGCCCUCCUCGCGAUCCUCUCGCUUCCUUCUCGUCCCCGUGCGACGAACCACCAUGAAAAGGAUCCGCAAGAGACAGCCGCGGAAGAUCAAGGAACGGUCGUGUCAGUGACACAGUGCGUGGAUGUGCCAGACCCGAGUGUUGCCUCAGUUUCCGGCUGGAUUCCUACGGGCGUAUCCGAGGCAUCCUCCCGGUCGCCUCGCGAUGCCGCGAAACCACCAUUCUCCUGCCGCGAACCGACGACCAAACCCCACGUCGGACUGAUUCCCAGAACGAAACGACCCCGAGAAACUGAACGACACCGAGGACCGGAGGACAAUCUAGCAACCUGGCGGACCAGGAAGAAGCUGUCUCGGCGGCGAUGCAGGGCAAGGAGAGCCCCGUCGGGUCCAACACCCAGGAGACCCAUCAGUAUGUCGGCCCUUACAGGCUCGAGAAAACCUUGGGAAAGGGCCAGACCGGAUUGGUCAAGCUUGGGGUCCACUGCGUGUUGGGCAAGAAGGUAGCGAUCAAGAUCAUCAACAGGGAAAAGCUGUCGGAUUCCGUGCUGAUGAAAGUAGAGCGAGAGAUCGCGAUUAUGAAACUGAUCGACCAUCCUCACGUGCUUGGCCUCUCCGACGUGUACGAGAACAAGAAAUACUUAUAUCUUGUUCUGGAACACGUUUCGGGAGGGGAGCUUUUCGACUAUUUAGUGAAAAAGAGUAGACUAACGCCAAAGGAAGCAAGGAGAUUUUUUCGACAAAUCAUUUCCGCGUUAGAUUUUUGCCAUAGUCAUAGUAUAUGUCAUCGAGACUUGAAGCCUGAAAAUUUGCUGCUGGACGAGAAGAACAACAUUAAGAUCGCGGAUUUCGGCAUGGCGUCGCUGCAACCAGCCGGCUCCAUGCUGGAAACCAGCUGCGGCUCUCCUCAUUACGCCUGCCCCGAAGUUAUUCGAGGCGAGAAAUACGACGGCAGGAAGGCGGACGUUUGGUCGUGCGGGGUGAUACUUUACGCGCUUCUGGUAGGCGCGUUGCCCUUCGACGACGACAACCUGAGAAAGCUGCUGGAGAAGGUGAAACGCGGCGUGUUUUACAUACCGCAUUUCGUGCCGCCGGAGUGCCAAAAUCUGCUCAAAGGGAUGAUCGAGGUCGACCCGGACAAGAGACUAACGCUGGCGGAGAUAAACAGGCACGUGUGGGUGACAGCGGCGGGCAAGGGCGAAUUAGAGUUAGAACUGUCGAUGAUGGACGUGGUGCAGACGCACGUUAUUCCGUCCGUGGACGCGAUCGAUCCGGACGUGUUGCAGGCGAUUGCGAGCCUAGGCUGCUUCAAGGAACGGGACAAACUUAUUCAGGAGCUCCUCAGCCAGUACCACAACACGGAGAAGGUGAUUUACUUCCUGUUGCUCGAGAGGAAACGAAGAAGACCGGCGUGCGAGGACGAGCUGGAAGUGAUGAGAAGCGGCACGAGGGGAACCGCGGGACAAUCGGAGGCGGAUCCUCCGAGGAAACGAGUGGACACGUGUCGAGUAAACGGAAGCACUGCCCUCAAUCUCGGGGAAAUCAGCUACGGGUCUCCUUUGACCCCCAGGAGGAAGUCCUGCACGAGGAACCACGCGCGUCGAUCGCCAAGCACAGGGUGCCACACGCACGCGUCGCAAUCGCACGCCUCGACGCCGGGAAGUUCGCCGUUGCACGGCUCGAAUGCCUUCGCCGGACUCCUGAGUCCUCACAGGGCACCACCGACCUCUCACCUGACCCAGACGGGAAGCCCUCAGAGGCUCUCCGCGAUCACAACCGCCGCUGGCAACGGAAACACGACCAAUCCGCCGGUCGUCGCUCCAGUACCCGCUCUGGCCAGUGUGGGAAUCGAAAUAAACGAUGUUCAACAGGUAGUCGCGGUCGGUGUUACGCCGCCGGGAUCGCCGCACACCGGAGCUGGUUCUGGCGCCCAUCACUGGAGAUCCAGGCUGACCACCAUCAAGAAUUCGUUCCUGGGUAGUCCUCGAUUUCAUCGUCGCAAGCUGCUCACAAGUACCGAGGAGGUACACCUCACGCCAGAUUCGUCCCCGGAACUCACGAAGAAAUCGUGGUUCGGUAGCCUGUUGACCACGGAGAAGGACGAAACGUUCACCAUUCUCGUAAAGGGGAAGAUCUUGGCCAGCGUAAAGGCUGAUUUGAUUCACGCUUUUUUAUCGAUAGCGGAGUUGUCUCACAGCGUGAGCUCGCCUAUGUCCUUCAGAGUGGAAUACAAAAGGGGAAGCACGGCACCGGCGAUGUUCCAACGACAGGUCCGCUUCCAAGUCGACAUCAGUACCAUUUCUAAACAACCGAACGAACCGUUGUUCGCCAUUACUUUUACUCUGCUGAGCGGGAAUAUACGAAGAUUUAGGAGGGUCUGCGAGCACAUUCAGUCGCAGGUUUGCUCGCGAAACGUAGGGAUAAGCUUAGGGGGCCAGAGCAGAGCGGCGCCGCCGAGUCCACGUGCCUCGCGGAAAUUCGCCACGGAAAUGAGCGAAAGUUCCAGCUGCGGAAGCGACACCAGCGAACGACUCUUCGUCAGCCCCCAUCCAGCUACCAGACAGGUAGUCUGUUUCAACAAGAUCGACUCGGACAUGGAGUCCGACACGUCCGUGUUCGACGUGAAAUCACCGACGCGGGAGAACGGCCGGCGCAGUUCGACGUCGACGAACAACAAUAAUCCGUUACCGGGGGACGCGACGCCUACGCCCGGAAGUCCGACGAAGGCGGUGCGCAGCAACUCGGAGAGCCAGAACACGCCGGAGAAGAAAUGCGUGACGACGAUGAGCGGCAACAACAUAGCGUGAUACUACCAGAACUUUCGUUUCGAGUUUCGAUCCAGCCUGAAGAAUCUGUGGGACAGCGCUCAGAGAUUCUGGUGAAUAUCUAUGUAGCCUGCACGGCAGAGGCGAUCCAUGGUCGCCAUCGACGCCGGCCGGGGACACGGGUACGGGGGACGGGAAACGAGGAGAAUCCUGAAACGAUGCUUCGACCGACAACUAAAAUGAAACUUUCGAUGGAAACCGAUCCGACGAAGUUCUUUCGAACGCGAGGUGGAGAGCUCCGUUAUCGAGGAUCGUUCGUUCGUUCGUUGUUCGAAGAAGCUUUCGCCGGAGGACUAACGAGGGGAACGAGCUGGCGGACCUAGCGAUUCGCCUCUGAGCGAAACAAGACUGAGAAAAUCGGUGGGAAACGUUUGCGAGAGAACACGCAACUGAUUCGCAACGAGGCUGAGUCCACGCGUUUCCGGAGCCACGAAGACCUAAAACUCGACUACCGGUGGCGUCUCGUGCACAAAGAAUGGCCCGACCGGAAACCGACGGGGGAAACGUGUGUGCCGCGACCGUGUGGAUCGUUCGUCUUUCGCAUUCCGUUUUCCAGUGAUGAUCGCGUUCGUAUUCGCGUACGCAAAUUUAUAGUGCAAUAGUGAUGUCGGUGUACACCGCCGGAUCGUGUCGUUGCAAGAGUGUUUUAAUUGGUACGUAUUAUCCUGUUGUGUACCGCCAAUUAGCCGUUUUGUUCACCUAGCGUAUAAACGACGAAAGAACAGUCAAGGCCGGCCGAUCCUACGACGAUCUUUCGCGUAAAAUCACGAAAUUUCAUAU